CCGCGGCUGCUGGGCAUGCUCAGUGGGCAGGACCCGUUAGAGUGGCGAGUAAGGAAGCGUUGGCUCUUCUCUGGGUCUGCCUUCCCCGGUUCAGGCCCCGGCCCUGGGCUUUUGUGUGCGCGGAGCUGCAGCCGCCGCUGCCUCCUCGCGGGGCCGCCCGACCCCAGAUGCCGUCUGGCCUGUCCGGUUUCCGCCGUUAACCUCGCCGCGCGGCUGGAGGAGGAGCGGGGCGGGGCGGGGCCCGCGGGCCGGCGGCCGGGCGGGCAGGAGGGCCCUGCCGGGGGUGGGGGCGGCACAGGCACCAAGAUGUCCAACCGAGUGGUCUGCCGGGAAGCCAGUCACGCCGGGAGCUGGUACACAGCCUCAGGACCGCAGCUGAAUGCACAGCUAGAAGGUUGGCUCUCACAAGUACAGUCUACAAAAAGACCUGCUAGAGCCAUUAUUGCACCCCACGCAGGAUAUACAUACUGUGGGUCUUGUGCUGCUCAUGCUUACAAACAAGUGGACCCAUCUAUUACCCGGAGAAUUUUCAUCCUUGGGCCUUCUCAUCAUGUGCCCCUCUCUCGAUGUGCACUUUCCAGUGUGGAUAUAUAUAGGACACCUCUGUAUGACCUUCGUAUUGACCAAAAGAUUUACGGAGAACUAUGGAAGACAGGAAUGUUUGAACGCAUGUCUCUGCAGACAGAUGAAGAUGAACACAGUAUUGAAAUGCAUUUGCCUUAUACAGCUAAAGCCAUGGAAAGCCAUAAGGAUGAGUUUACCAUUAUUCCUGUACUGGUUGGAGCUCUGAGUGAGUCAAAAGAACAGGAAUUCGGAAAACUCUUCAGUAAAUAUCUAGCGGAUCCUAGUAAUCUCUUUGUGGUUUCUUCUGAUUUCUGCCAUUGGGGUCAAAGGUUCCGUUACAGUUACUAUGAUGAAUCCCAGGGGGAGAUUUAUAGAUCCAUUGAACAUCUAGAUAAAAUGGGUAUGAGUAUUAUAGAACAACUAGACCCUGUAUCUUUUAGCAAUUACUUGAAGAAAUACCAUAAUACUAUAUGUGGAAGACAUCCCAUUGGGGUGUUAUUAAAUGCUAUCACAGAGCUCCAGAAGAAUGGAAUGAAUAUGAGCUUUUCCUUUUUGAAUUAUGCCCAGUCAAGCCAGUGUAGAAACUGGCAAGACAGCUCAGUGAGUUAUGCAGCGGGAGCACUCACGGUCCACUGAAGCUCUGAAUCCUCAGGGAUGCCACCUGCACAUACUCAUUCUCUGUCCGGGGUCCCCGCCUAGCCCUUACCAAGAUACUGGUCCUGGUUUGGGGGGAUUCUGAAACCUCAAACUAAUAGAACUUUCUUCUCUUCUUUUCUAGUAGGUGUAGUCCUUCCUUAAUUUCAACUCAUUAAAAAAUGCUUUAUAGUUUAGGGCAGUGGAAGGAAGGCUGGCAUCAAAUUAUUUUGAUCAAAAAGAUGGCAAUGUAAAGGCCCAGUUGUGGCAGACAGUUUUUUGAAAGUAACUUGUAAAGCAUUUACCAUAUCCUAAAUUUGCACUCUUUGCAGACUUGUGCACAUAUAUUCCGCUUUCAGAAUAGUUUUGCAAAUUGUACACAAACAAACAAAAAAAGGGUGGAAGCUUUUUAAUAAAGAAAUUGCAUUUAUAAAUGAUCUGUAUUAGAAUAUAAUAAAUCUCCAGUUAUAGUCAAUUACUACCCGUGUUGUACAACAGAUACCUUCUAUUUUAGUUGCUAAUAAAGGGCUACACAACUCAAAA